AUGGCCGUGGCUUUUGGACAAUUAACAAAUGUUUUGGGUCAAAGGCAGAAUGAAAAUAUACCUGCUAACAAAGACGAUGAUUGCGAUCUAUACGCAAAAUUAUUGGCUAUAAAGCUACGUGAACUGUCAACUGAUGAACGAAAAAUUAUGAUGUACCAAAUAGAUGGGUUGUUUAUAAACAGAAUCAGUCAAAAAUCAAAUGAGCGUCAUAACACCAUACCCUCAAUAUUAUUCUCGACCGUCGUCAAUGGCUGGUGCAUAUUCAACACCAUCUCCUCAAGUCAUUCCGAGUCGGCCAACAUCAGUUAA